GGCAUGGUGCCCCGUCCAUGUUUGGCGAUGAAUAAGUUUGUGUAGUUUCGACAAACUCUAGACAACACCAGCAACUACAGCUUAGGAGAAAGCAAAACUGUAUUUUCAAACCUUUUCAUUUUGCUUUAGGGUUUUUUCACAUCAACGCAACUUUCUGAAAUGUUUUAUCAAAGGUGACCUUACUUAAUUUGUCAUCAUUACUAAGUUAGAGUUAUCUAAAAAUCCGUCAAAGACCAGAGCAGGGGGUUCUGGAUCGAUGUCCCACUCACCUCAACAUUAACGGCUAAUUGCUGUGUCGUUCAAUUGUGCAGCUAACGUUAUACCUGGAUGGGCUCUUAUGUUGUUUGCUUUUUUUUUUUUCUUUUUUUACGUCUCCCGCAAUUAAUGAAUAGGCUCCUAAUUCUUCCUAGAGUCUCGCAUCCUCCGCCGGCUGGUCUCGUAUGAACCGCGUCGAGGUAGCGACGACGGGUCGGGGGCUCCGCCAGCAGAGCCGGGCUUCAGGAUGAGGAUGCCCAGAGGAGGACGCCUGUUCCUGGCGACGUGCCUCGGCUCGCUCUUUGUUCUCGUGCUUUACUAUCAGAGCAUCACCAACGCAGAACCUGGUGUGAAGACCGACAGCAGACCAGGGAAAAGCAGGAGAAGUCCACUGCAGACCCUCUACAAAGGAGACCAGUCUGAACAGCUGGAGCUGUUGGCAGCUCAGAGGUCCCUCCACGGUCGCAGGGAGCUGUUGGAGCAGGCGUGUCUGAGCCACACGAGGAAGCGCCAAGUGCUUUCGCCGGAGGAUCUCAAACACCUCAUUGUGGAUGAUAAACACAGCCUUAUUUACUGCUACGUACCCAAGGUAGCCUGCACCAACUGGAAGCGUGUCCUCAUGGUCCUCACCAGCGACGGCCGCUACACCGACCCCCUUGCCAUCCCCGCAAACGAGGCCCACGUGGCGGGCAACCUCCGCACACUCUCCGAGUUCUCAGUCCCCGAGAUCAACCAGCGCCUUCGCAGGUACCUCAAGUUCAUCUUUGUGCGGGAGCCCUUCGAGCGCCUGGUGUCCGCCUAUCGUAACAAGUUCACCCGUAGCUACAACACCGCUUUCCACAAGCGCUACGGAACCAAGAUCAUCCGCCGGCACCGUCCCGACCCGGAGCCCGAAGCGCUGGAGAAAGGAAACGACGUUUCUUUCCACGAGUUUGUCCAGUACCUCGUGGAUCCUCGGACCCAACGCGAGGAACCUUUUAACGAGCACUGGGAGCGGGUGCACUCCCUCUGCCACCCCUGCCUGAUCCACUACGACGUAGUGGGGAAGUACGAGACUCUGGAGCCAGACACUCAGGCUGUGCUCAGGUUGGCUGGAGUGGAGGGGACACUUCAGUUUCCAACGUCUGGUAAAAGCACCAGGACUGACGGCAACAUGGCAGCGCGCUUUUUCAAGCACAUCAGUCCUUUCUAUCAGAAGAAACUGUUCAACCUGUAUCGAAUGGACUUCCUGCUCUUCAACUACUCCACACCAGAGUACCUCAGGACUCGAUGAGGGGGGGCAGAGACAAGAGGAUGGACGUCAGCGCCGUGGAUGUGUGAUAGUUGUGAUGGUUUUCCUUUCACAUCCCAUUUAGACUUUCUUUUUUCAUUAGUGAUGAUCAUUUUUGCACUUUUUGGUUGCCAUGGACAGUUGUCGUCGCUGCCUGGAGUGGUCCAUCACAAGCACCGACUUGUCACCGUGACGCUCCGACAGUAACGGCUGUGGAGAUUGACUCGAUGUUUUGGUUUCAGUGAACGGAACUUUUGUAAAUGCAACCCAAUGUCUUCCUGAGAAAAAAAAGACAAGACACUUUGUGCUGUAAUCUGCAACGCUUCUGUCCUAUGUGUCCGUUUGCCUUCUAGUGUGAAAAGGGUGUUUUGUUUUUAACAGUCGGCAGAACAGACGGCUUGUUCCCACAUGCAAGCGACGCAUUAGCUGUCUUUACAAACAGGUCCAGUUGGAAAUUCAGUAUUUAUUUUGUAUUCACCUGAUUGCCAUUCGUUACAAAUUGUCAAAUUGAGAGAACCUUUUUAUUGACUUUCACCUCUUUCGUCUGUUAACGCGUAGUCGUCGAGUUGGUGUAAUUAACGGAAGUUAAAGUGACUCCCAUGGCUUGUUCCUUUGGGAACUAAUGAGGCAUAAAUUAAAGUCACACUUCCGAGGAGCAGGUUCUCCUCUUGCAUGGGUGGCGUACAGGUGGAAUGGGCUAACUGUGAAACUAAACACAGCUGAUUCAUUCACUUACAGGAGAAUAUCUCUGGAUGGCAUUUAUUUAUGUAUGUCAGUGCAUAAAGUAUUUAUUGUUAUAGAAACGUGUGUGUGUGUGUGUGUGUGUGUGUGUUAGUAAGGAUUUGGGCUCAUGAUUUGGUGAAAAUUAAUUUUAUAUGAAAGAACAGUUCAGAGGGAUUUCUUUUUUAUGCAUGAAAAGUUACUUGCUUUCUUGGCUUUUGCACGUACAUAAACUCAUCACAUCCUAUUUUUUUUUUUUUUUUUUUCCUUCUCUGAUCAAACCCUAGUUCCAAAACCGUUGCCUGAGCUUGUCUUAUCUUAAUUGUCACAGCACUCGCUGACAGUAUCUUAAAUGUGUAUCUGAGAGUCAUUUCCAGGGGAACUUGCAGGCACUCCUUACUCCUUAAUUCCAGUAAAAGUCAGUUACCAUCCCUCCUCUAUCACUCUCUGUAUUUAGCUCUGGGCAGGUAGGCUGAACAAACAAGCACAUAGCUGUGGUCAGGGCUGGGUCCGGCCCAGCGCUAGCCCUGGUCAGAGCUCCCCUUGUUAGCGUGAAUGCAGUCACAUCAAGGGGUUAAUCCACCUAUAGGCAUCUCCACUGCAGGGCCUCGUUCAGCAAAUGUGACGGAAUUUACAUCAAGAAUAAAACAGGUGUUGAUAUAGAAAAGUGGGUUACACUUUACUUGAAGGUAUCUACAUAAGAGUGACAUGACACUGUCAUGGACGUGUCAUAAACAUUAUAAACAAGUCCUAAACGUUUUAACGCUUCUGUCAGUAAGUGUCAUUCGGUUUUUGUCAUAACAAGUUAGGGUUAGGGUUCAUGUGUUCAUGACAGUGUCAUGU